GCGUCCCGUCAGGCGUUGCGCGGGGAGGCGGCGGCGCCAUGUCGGUGGCGUUCGUGCCGGAGCGGCUGCGCGGGAAGGCUGAGGUGAACCAGGAGACGCUGCAGCAGUUGCUGGAAGAGAACGACCAGCUGAUCCGGUGCAUCGUGGAGUACCAGAGCAAGGGCCGCGCCACCGACUGCGUGCAGUACCAGGAUAUCCUGCACAGAAACCUCAUUUAUUUAGCUACAAUUGCUGACGCGACGCCCCCCAGCACACAGAAGGCUGCAGACUGACUGGGCAUGCCUGGGCACCAGCCCUGAUGCUUUAAGAAUCUGUAGAAAUACCUAGCUUAGAGUCCCACUUUGAGAGCUGGAAAGGUGUGAUCUUGAAAGGCAGGUAAAAAGCCAUCCAUAUCUGUAUGUUAAAAAACAUGGUUUUUGAUGUCAUAUUAGGCUAGCUUUUUCCUCAUUAACAUAAGCAGAACUUAAGGGUGAUAAUUAUCAAGCUCCUUUUUUCCCUCCAAAAAACUCCACAUAUUACACUUUCAAAAAUAACCUGGUUGUCAGUACAGCACUGCCAGAGAUACCUUUGGAGGUCUCCUGCAGUCCCAUUGAAGCAGACCCUGUUUCAGGACUAAAGUUGUAUAACAGAGUAAACAUUUAGUCAGGCAACUUCUCUUCCUCCCAACAUGACAAAGUCAGUCAUACAUUGCAAUAUAUGUAAGCAGUAGACUGUUUUGUAUUGUUGGAAUUGUGCUUAAUAAACUAAAUGUUCUUUAUGAUUCAUAACAUAUUCUGGAUUAAUGUAACACAUUAAGAAAGGAGCAGCUCUGUCAUUUAGUGAAAUGGAAAUGUUAACUUUUCUAGGAAAGAUGGGACUGUUGCAUAACUUAGAGCAAUUAAGUGCAAAGGAGAAGUCAAGCCUUUAUUUCAGCAAGAGAAGGCUGUGUGUUUGCCCUAGUUGUGUCAGCUUUUCCUUUUGGCUUGAGAUGUUCUGUACUGCAGACUCUGUAAACAAAUACAUUCUUGCAUCAAAAUGGA